AAAUUGCACGAAAUGCUUAGAUGUUUGACCAGAAACAAAGUCCACUCACAGUUUACCAUUUCUUGCAGGUUGCCAAUUUACAAGAGGAAAUUGAAAUACUCGGGAACCAAAUGGCUUAUAUGACAGUUGGCAUCUCAAGCUACGGAGGAACCCAAUCAAUUAUCAACCCCAAUCACGAGUCACAAUUUUUGUUGCAACAUAAUGUCCUGGACACAAACUAUCAUGAGAAUCAACCUACAGGAAUGCCAACCCAUAGAGGAUAUACAACUGGAAACCAAGUUUCCAGUAAUGAUAUGAUUGCGGAGCUUUUGCCUCUGAGUCCAUGGGAAGACCUAAACUUUCUUUGCAACUCUAACCUAAAUACUUUGGAAAGACUCUUUCAAGGAGUGGAUCAAGAGAUCUGUGCACAUUAUCAAUGCUUGGAUACCUGUGGAAAUGCCACAGACGAGGUAAGCCCAAGCUGCUCCUAAUAUAAGCAUUCACAUGAAUUGAGAGCUCGAACAAUAUCAAAAUUUAUUUGGUUCCAUCUGCGAACAAAUUUUGGCUGGCCUAUCAAUUGAAUAGGCUUAACUAAUGUAUUAUACCUUGAUUUUCAAGUAAAAGAUCUACUUCUAGUGGGAACUAAAAAAUAAGCCUCAAUCUCAUUUAUUCUAUUUGAUCUUACAUGUGCUGUUGGCAUAGAGAUCAAAACACAUACGGUAGAGUUUAAUACAACUAAGUAUUUACAAUGCACCACUAGGAGAUGGCCCUCGGUGCACGGACUUAAUAAUUCUUCAUAAAUAAAACUUUUAAGUGCGGUGCCUCAUUGAGUGCUGAGUUCAUUAUGCAUGUCCAAUUCAAUAUCAAAAGAAAUUUCCCUUCAUUUCAUCCUAAGAUAGCAAAAGAGAAGCAACUAAUUUAAGCAACACAAUUCAGUUCCAAGCAUUGAGAAAAAAAAUGCACGAAAAAGUUUCAUAGACUGAUAUGGGAGGUGUAGAACAGCACCCAUCCAACACAAAAGCAUGGCACUUGUCUA